UCAUUUCACUUUGAACGCGAGAACCGUGCGGACGUGCGGUCUAACAAGUGGUGAAAAGCCCAGCACUUCUCUUACGCUCUUGCCGCCGCCUCACCCCCUCACCUUUGGCCCGUCAACAGGCGGCCACCCGAAAACACCACAGAACUAAUAUUUUAGAAACCAAUAAGUGUGACACCCGCCCCCUCUGCAAUUUUGAGUCAAUUGUGUGCCUAAAAACUAAAUCAAAUAAACUUAGAAAUUUUGUUACAUUUUUUUGUUGUGUUGAACUUAAGCGAAGACAAGUGCAAGUUUUUAAUUGAGAAACUCAAAAAUUCAAAAGUCCUGGAUUAUUUUGAAUUUUGGCAAAAGCAAAGACAACAAAAAGCGGCAGCCUCAACUAACGGUAAACUGCCAAGUGAAAUCUCAGGCAGAAAAAAGAAAUAAAAGAAAAGCAAAGGCAGACAUAGGAAGAAGCAGCAGCAGCAAGUGCAAGAGAGCAAAACGAGCUGAAAGAGCUCUAAAAGGAGAGAGCAGGCCAAAGUGUGUGUGUGCGUGUGUGCAAGUGUGACUUCCUUAUUUCGAAUAAUUUAUUAAGAAAUCGUAAAAAUCAAAUUGAAAUCAAAGACAGUCUUAGGAAGAAAAUCAGAGACAAGCCAACAAAGAAAACAAAUAAAAAAUAAAAUACACACGCGCUUGCUUGCUCUUUGAACAACAACAUCAGCAACAAAAAAAAAACGCACAAUGACCUUGCCCACAAACACACACGCAUCAGCAAACGACGCCGGCAGCGGUAACAACAACAACAGUGGAAACCACAACAACAACGGCAACAACAGCGACGAAGAUUCAGACAUGUUUGGCCCGCCCCGUUGCUCCCCGCCGAUCGGCUAUCAUCAUCAUCGAUCCCGUGUGCCCAUGAUCUCACCAAAGCUGCGACAGCGCGAGGAACGCAAGCGAAUCCUUCAAUUGUGCGCCCACAAGCUCGAAAGGAUUAAGGAUUCGGAGGCGAAUUUGCGACGCAGCGUAUGCAUCAACAACACCUACUGUCGAUUAACCGACGAACUCCGACGCGAGAAACAGAUGCGAUACCUCCAAAAUCUGCCCAGAACCAGCGACAGCAGCGGCUCUGCCACCGAACUGGCGCGUGAGAAUCUCUUCCAGCCGAACAUGGACGACGCCAAACCUGUGAGCAAUAAUGGCGGCAAGUCGUCCUACGGCGAUGCCUUUGGCUCCUCGAUCGGCUCCGGAUCGUCCUCGAAUGGCGGCCGUGGUGGUGGCGGCAUUGGCUCCCUGGAGAAUCAGCCGCCGGAACGUCAACAGUUGGCCACGCCCGCCGGUGCCUCCGCCCCCGAGGCGGCCAAUUCGGCGCCGCUUUCCGUUUCCGGUUCGGCAUCGGAGCGGGUGAACAACAGUCGGAAACGCCACCUGUCCAGCAGCAAUUUGGUCAACGAUCUGGAGAUACUCGAUCGCGAACUGAGCGCCAUCAACGCCCCCAUGCUGCUGAUCGAUCCGGAGAUUACCCAGGGUGCCGAGCAGCUGGAGAAGGCGGCCCUGUCCGCCAGCAGGAAGAGAUUGCGGAGCAACAGCAGCAGCGAGGACGAGAGCGACCGGUUGGUGCGCGAGGCCCUCUCCCAGUUUUAUAUACCGCCGCAGCGCCUGAUCUCGGCCAUCGAGGAGUGUCCCUUGGAUGUGGUCGGCCUGGGAAUGGGAAUGAAUGUGAACGUCAAUGUGAAUGUGGGCGGGAUCGCUGGCAUCGCGGGAAUCGGUGGAGCAGCAGGCGCUGGCGCCGGCCUCGAUAAUUCCGGCAGCGGCGGCGUCGUCGUCGGCGGCGGCGGCAAACGGAUGAAACUGAACAACGACCUCCAUCAUCUUGGGCACCAUCAUCACUUGCACCACCACCUGGAGCUAGUGGACUUCGAUAUGAAUCAGAACCAAAAGGACUUCGAGGUGAUCAUGGACGCCUUGAGGCUGGGAACGCCGACGCCGCCGAGCGGCGCUAGCAGCGAUUCGUGUGGACAGGCGGCGAUGAUGAGCGAAUCGGCGAGCGUUUUCCACAAUCUGGUGGUCACAUCGCUGGAGACAUGAAAGUACCAGUGAAUCCCCGAGCAGCAGACAAAGAUUACCGCGUUUAGAUUUAACAUUAGACACUUGCUUAAGGUUCUUUAAAGAAACAUUUAGGCUAUGACACACCACACACACUCACACACACACACACACACACGUACUAACCUAAGCUUAUAGUUUAUAGAAAUGAUAGAGAAAAUCGAACGGAUUGGCCAGUAUUACUCAUUAAUGGCAGUCGCGAUUUGUACAAACAAAAAUACACAAAAAAAAUAGUGGUAGGUAAAAGGAAAGGAAAAAAAAACAAAACAAAAAUCAAAGAAUUUGUAGUCAAAACAGCAAAAACAAG